GGAUUAACAGGUAGACCUACAUCUUACAGCAGCAGUAAGUCAAUAAGAAGACACCUGUCUUCCUGUGCUGAUUCACUGACGGAAUGUGAUCGAUACAAAGAGAGACAGGUAGCAGGUUGAUGCUAAAGGCGCUCAGACUGCUGCUGCUGCUGAGGACAGCUCUGAUGUUGUCAUCAUGAACAGGACCGCUUACUACAUGUGAGGCUCCCAGCGGAUCAUUCAGUCAGUGGACAGACUGUCAGGAUGGACCGGGGACAGACGUCUGGACGCCAUUCCUUGUUCUGAAUCAGCUGAGCUGCCUGGGAUGGAUCAUAACAACCCAGAGAUACUGAGAGAUCCUGGUGGACAGCCUGCUCUGACAACAGGUGACCGAGAGAAUUCCGAGUCGAUCUGUCCAGAAAAGGAGCAGAGGAGAUGUAAUUCCAGCACGCUGACGGAGGAGCAGACCACUAACGGUUCCUGGUCUCAGAGGUCCAUCUCCCGCUCCUUACAGAGAGCUGAGACUUUACUCAGAAGCACCUUUAACCCCAGUCUCAGGUGGCUGUUCCAGGGCCGCAGUCAAGAUGAGGAGGAGGUGGAGGGAAAUUUUGUAGUCGCUCACAAUUUGGUGUCCCGCUCCUCUGCACGUCUCCUGCGUCUGCAGCAGGCUCUUCUGACUGUGGCUCCACAGUGGCAGCCGGUCAGCAGGACGCCGAUGGGAUCUCCUCAGGUGUGUGUGAAAGGCCUACCUGCAGAGGGGGGUGUUCUCCUCCUGCCCUCCUCCUCCCUCCUGCAGGGCCACUACACGGCUCUGUGGAGGCUGCUGGAGCAGCGCUCCCUGCUGCUCUUCAUACAUGAAUACACCAGGAGGGCCCGCCUGUCUGCAGCAUUCAUAUCCAGAGUGAGCCUCCUGCUGGAGGAGCAGCGCAAGAAACCCCAGCUGACGCUCCACCAGACCCGCUCCAGCUGCUCCUCAGUCUCUGUUGGUCUCAGCUCACUGAGUCAGGAGCUCCGGGUCCAUCUAAACCACUGGUCCUGUCUGUUCUCCAAAGUCCAGUCUGAUCCCUAUCUGAGACCUGCUCUGGUCCGGCACACCAGGCUGCUGCUGGAAGUCAAACAGACUCUGGACCUUGUGGGUCUGCAGGCGCUGAUAGUGAUGGAGCGUUACGUGUGUGUCCUCCUGUCUGCUGUAGCUCACACUGAGUUAGACUCUGUACCAAGAGACGUCCUGGAGGAUAUUUUAGCAGGUACGGAGCUGUAUAACCAGGCGGUGGGGGAGCAGAGAGCGCAGCACAGUGUCACACAGCUGAGGACAGUACUGUUACAGCAGACUCAUUACUCCACUCAGGAUUCUGUUCUUCCAAACGGCAAAGACCAGCACCCUGCUGCUCUCUCAGUCAAAGAGCUGAUGAUGAUUGUAGCAGCUCAUCACGCAGACAGGGCAGCCAAUCAGCUGCACUGCUGGGCCUCUGAGUGCAUCUGUCACCACACAUGUUCGGAUGACUCUGUCAGUCAGGAGGCCUGGCUCAGAUCUGAGUGGACGUGGGAGCAGCUGCAGCAUCAGCCCUCCCUGCAGUCAUCAUCUCGUCACAUCUGCCAUAAAACUCCUCCUGCUGAUGCCGCUGACCUUCUUUUUGACAGUACUAUCUUUAAAAACCACCAUUCUGUAUUAGCCAAGCCCACCUUCACCUUUCACAGACCAGGGGGCUCAGACAGAGACCAGACCAGCCAGUGCCAAACACACACAUCCCACUCUGGUCUAGCCCAGACCAGUGUGGGAGCUUUAGACUCAGUCCAACCAAAUCUGGAACAACAGACCAGUUUAGAGAAAGUGCUGCAGAUCAGUUCACCCCCUUCAUCCUCCUCUCAGCACCUCUCAGCCCAGCUCCUGUCUGGGCUCUGCCAACAGGACCAGUCCUCAGUGGAGCCCCUGUUCCAGGUGCUGGUUUCCUCCACUGACCUGCUGGCUCCACUGGUUUCACACACACCCACACCAGAGGCUGCGACUGACCAGCUGCUCCCCAGCACAGGGACAGAUGUGAUGUCACUGAGUGGGAAGACAGAGCUGAUGGUUUUAGGUGCUCCGGUCACGACUGCAGCUGAUUCAGUGGAGUGGACCAGUGUGAGCGCAGAGCUGAACAAGGAGCAGACUGUGGACGGAGCUCAGCAGGACUGGGCUGAACUGGAGUUAACGAGCAGGGAGGAAGCUGCUAUGAGCUCAGGUUUUGGAAGGGAUGGAAACCCAGAGGAAGGGGUGAGUAGCGGUGCCGAGGGGACAGCGGUGGAACCAGACUGUCUUCGGUGGCCUCACUCGGUGCAGUGGUUGGACCUGGGUCAGUCGCUGGUGUUUGCUGAGCUGUUGGGACAGUACCGCACCCUGCUGUGGACGCUGUGCAGCAGAGCCCUGUGGCUGCAGCUGCAUGUGCCGCAGACAGGAAACUGUGCAGGAAGCAUCAACCUCCAGGACACACACAGGGGGUUCCAAAUCCUGCACCGGAUCAGCCAGGCCUCAAAGACAGAUCUGGUUCCCAAAGAGUGCAGAGCCACGCUGGAGGACUUCAGUCUGUAUCUGACAGCCAUUACAGCACAUGCUCGGUGGGACUAUGUGGUUUGCAGAAGUUUAGGUUCAGCUCUGAGAGAUAAGUGUCUCACAGGUGGGACUCAGGCCAGCAACUCUGUGAAGCUGUCAUCUAUGCAGGAUGGAGGUGUGAUGAUGUCAGUGACCAUGGAGCACCUUCUCCAGCUGCCCCCCCCUCUCCUGUCCUCUCUGAGCUGCACUCAGCUUAACAGCAGGGCUGCAGGUUCUUGUAGCAUCUUCCCAUCCAGACUCAGUCUGCAGAGACACACUGUUAGCUUAGCAUUAGCCACAGUGCAGCUGUCUACAGUGUGGGUCACAUCAAAAGCUUACCAGUUUCUCUCCUCAUGGAGCCUCAACAAGUUCCUGCUCAUCACACAGGGAGACCUCAAAGUGCUGAGACAGUCAUUAGAGACAAUGCUGCUUCAGACGAAGACCCUGAUGGUCAGCUCAGACAGUACCCAGCAUUCCACUCUUCAUACCCAUAACCAGCUUCUGCUGAGGCAGCAGCUCAGAGCACUGGAUAGGGCUGUAUGCGAGCUGCAGACCUUCUCCUCUAUGGUGCUAAGAACCUUCUCCAGUGACUGCAAGAGGAUGUCAGGGGAGAUCUUUGAACAGACCAUGCCCUCUGCUGUCCACUGGAGACCCAGCCUCAGGACAGGUUUUCCCAGCAGCCCCAGCGAGUAUGCGUCCCUGGCAGCUCAGACUGUGAUUGGUCAGGUUUUAGAGGGCGUGGCCCCACUGUCUGAUGAUGCACGUGUCCAGGCUCUGAGUAUAACAAUGACGGCUUUCAUGGAGGCCUGGAUGGAACACAUCCUGAAACAGAAGAUCAAAUUCAGUGUGCAGGGAGCUCUCCAGCUGAAGCAGGACUUUGACUCCAUUAGAGAGAUGAUCCAGUCAGACAAAUACGGUCUGUCGGCUGAACUCCACCAACGACUGCUCAGCCUCCGGGUGUUUCAGCAGGUGGACUCAGCAGUGGUGUGUCUGCUCCAGCAGCCUCAGGCCAAACCAUACCUGCAGUCCAGAGCCUGGGAGCCUUUCACUCGCUGCUGUCCGACCAACAGCAGCAGAGACAGCAGAGACAGCAUCGACGUGGUGGCGAGCAGCAUCACCAACCUGAGGCUGGAGGGUGAGGACCUGACCCACACUGACCCCACAGUGGUGACCUCUGACCUCCCCCCAGUGGACCCAUCCACCCCCGGAGAGCCCUACCUCGCUCCAAGUGUGGCUCUGGGUGUCACUCAGCGGGAAUGGUUGGACCUGAGGAUCCACAGCAGCGCUCGACGCUGGAGGCUGCCGGGACUGCACUGUCUCUCCAAGUCUGAACCUUGAACACACACACAUCCUGCAGAGAUCUGACACACACACACACACACACACACACACACACACACACUCAUGUCACAGGACUCCUGUGGCUCUUUGCUUUUGUGUCAGCAAACAUAGUUGAAAUGAAACAACCAGUCAAAACACAAACAUUUUAUUGCUGUUGUUUAGACAUUGUUUAUUUUUGCAAAUAAGAAUGUGAUAUCUCUGGAGGUUACUUUUGAAUGAUGUAAAACUGAUUUAAUGAUCUCAAAACUAUUUCUAUUAUUUAAGACAAAUAUUUAUUGA